AUGGAUGACAGUACCGGGGACGGAAGUUCCGAGGGGCAUGACGGCGACGACAAGCCCCGAUUGAACUGGACGAGCGCGCAGGAACAGCUAGUAGGCAGGGAAAGCGAAUGGAAGAGGCUACAUCGAGCCUUGGAAGAAGCAGUCAGCGGUAGUGCUCGCAUGCGCAGCAAUAGUCACAGUGAGACUUUGCCACGGCGGAGCUGCGCGCUCAAGUCUCCACCAAUCGUGUUUGAAGGCGAAUCGGGGAUGGGGAAAACCUUUUUAGUGACACAAUUUUUGGUCCACGUUCAAGAAGAGCACAAACAUGUUCUAGCUGGGUAUGGAGCCUUUCCGUUCGGACGAUCGGACGUGCCUUUCGCGCCCUUCCAAUCUGCUAUGCACGACAUAUUGAGUGUCUUGCUGCGAGAAGAUCGGGAGAUAUGGAAAACCCAAUACUGUUUCAAGAUCUGGAUGAUCUCUAUCAGAGCCGAUCCGUACAAACCCUACCUGAAACGGGAAAACUCUUCUCGAAGCACUUCUAUGGAAGAAGGGUUGAAAUGGGGAUUUGAGCGUUUACGCUUGGCACUAAGGAGUUUGUUUCGGCUUAUUACAAUUCACCGUCCUGUGGUUUUGAUUCUGGAUGAUCUACAGGAGGCCGAGAUUGAUGCUUGGAGCAUCAUAACGACCUUGGUACAUGACUCAAGCUUACCAGGCUUGCUACUAGUUGGAACCAUGAUUCCGAAAUCGUUGGAAAUAAUGAAUGCCUGUAGUGCGGUAGAGAUACACACGCUGGCGCCCUGGCGGGAAAUCGGAACGCAUGCGUGGCUCGAGGCGCUGGUGCAGAAAGCGAGCAAAGAGGAUUUGCAAGCCUUAGUGAAAUUCGUUUCUGGUAAAGCGUAUGGAUGCCCACUGUCGACUAUUCGGCUGUUGCGGCAUUUGGAAUACCAUGAUUGUUUUUCCUAUGAUACCGAGCGCCGAUGGACUAUCCAGCUUCCAACAUACAUGGGGUCCGGCUCGACUAUUUUCGAAAGUGUUUGCCGUCUCCCCAACGCAAUGAUGGCUUUAACAACGGCUGCAUGUCUGCAAACCAACAUAAUCGAUCCCGAUACUCUUUUUUACCUGCUCACGGCGGAAGAGGAUGAAGGAGAUGCAUAUACUUCAAAUUCACAGAUUGGCGUUACGCAUCCGAUGAAGUGUAUUGGGGAUUUGUAUACGGUCUUAGACCACGCUGUUGAUGCCGGUCUCUUGAUCCGCAGAGCGCAAGAUAGCGUUACACCCCUCCCAUCACGUGGCAACUCACCUCCUCCCAGAACGCUGGUAAUCUAUCGCUUCGCAAAUAGCUCGACCCGUCAAGCCGCCUACGAACUUGUCCAAACCCCUGAUGAAUGGCAUUUACGUAUUGGGCGCCACCUGCGUGAUUGGAUGCAUCAAGUUGCUGAACGGGGCUCUCGAAUAGAGGAUUCGUUACAUAUCCAAGUCGUUCGCCAGCUCACUUUAGGUCAACCCGGAAUUCUGGACAGCUGGGAAUUGCUUGAUUUGUCCGAACUGAACUACCAAGUAGCACAAAGAACCGCCCACAAAGCAAGUUUCUACGCCUCUCUUUCGUUCUUGAAAGAUGGCAUUAGACUUCUCGGCAACGAUCCUUGGAAACAUCAUUUCGAUCUCGCAUUGGAGUUUUCUAUCGCGAUUGCACGCAUGUAUUCAGCCUGCGGUCGAUAUCAAGAUGCCAUCCUGAGCGCCGAUCAAGUAAUAUUCCGCACAAAUUCGAUUCGACAUCAAAGGGUGGCUCAUAUGAUAAAAAUGUCACACAUCUUUUUUCACGAAGGGCGGAGCACCGAUGCAAUAGAUUACACGUUGGACGUUUUAGAGUCUUUGGAGUGUCCAUUUCCGCGACGCUUUCACAAAGUGCACAUCGCCACAAAUCUGUUGAAAGUACGUAAGAUGCUAAAAAGUCGUGCCGACGUCGAACUGCGCAAUUUACCCACGGCUACAGAUCCCAAGGUGGAGUACACAGCGGACUUUUUGGAAAAGUUGGGAGAGUAUGCAUACAACGCUAGAACUCCACAACCAGACUGCCUGACACUAGUGCUACUACGACAUAUGUUACUGACUCUUGAUUAUGGAGUAUUGACGCAAACUGCCGCGUCGUUUGUGGUAGUUGGAUUCAUAUUUUGUCAAAUUGGAGAGUUUGACGAGGGUGCCAAAUAUGCCGACAUCGGUCUCGAAUACGCUGCCCGAGGGAACGGAGGAAGGAGUGAUCAGCGUGCUAUUGUUCUAUAUCACUUCUUUGUGGCCCACUGGAGUUCAUUGUACUACCAUAGUAUAGAACCUACCACGCGAGCAGUAUUAGCAAUGUGGGAGAUGGGAUCGGUUCAAACUGCUAUCGAGGACACGAUUGCUUUGCUUCGUCUAAAGUACACAGCAGGUCAGGAUCUGACGAAAGUCUCAGCGGCAAUUGCAAACCAAGAUGCUAAUCUCCGAGACUAUCAAUUGGUACACCUUCUUGACGUGAACAUGUCGUUCUUUCAAAUGGUUUCGAAUUUCAUGGGCAAAUCCGAAUCCCCGUCGGUGCUGAGCGGAGAGUACAUGGAUCAGGAUAAAAUGGUUACCAAGUGGACACAGCAAGGCAACGAAAAUGCCUUGCAAGCAUUGUACUUUCAUCAGAUGGAGCUGGCGUACUACUUCGGCGACAUUAAGCUAGCGAAGAAGAUGCUCAAAAAGAUGUGGUCCCCCUACACUCAAGGUGCUGAUAUUUGGGUGACUGUCAAGGUGUUCUACAAAGGUAUGGUCUACGUAUCGCUAUACGCGUCUACUGGACAAAAGAAAUAUAAAGUACGAGGCAAUGCAGCAAUAAGACAAAUGAAAGCAUGGGUUGAAAAAGGCGUCGUAAAUUGCCAGCACAUGUUGCUACUCUUACGAGCCGAAGAACUUACAGGUCCUCUUUCUGGUUGCGAAAACGAUUUUGACUUCACGCGCCGUGCAUUCGACGAUGCCAUCUCUUGUGCUCGAAAGCAUAGAUUUUUGCAGCAUCAGGCGCUCGGAAACGAGCUUGCGGCCAUUCAUUGCAUUCGACAGAACGAAGACAGCUGGGCAGCAGCCUAUCUUGACAGCGCAAGAAAAUUGUACGGAGAAUGGGGCGCCGCAGCCAAAGUUGAGCAGAUGGAUCACAAGUAUCGUCGUGUUUUUGAGGGGUCGACCGAGAUGCUAGAUUCAGACAUGAAUGCCUUCACAUCCUCCUUUCACAGUCAGCGACUUCACCGCAAUUUGCGAAUUUUGCCUUAAAAGCACUUUAUAAAGCUCUGGAGUACGAUGC